UUUUUCUUAUCAUUCAAAGAUCUGAUCCAUGGCGAUACCUCACGCCCAACUUGUUCUUUUACUCCUCACAUCAUCACUCUUUUUCUUACCUGCUUUGCAUGCCAGUGCUAUCGAUUUUGGAAACUGCAAAGAUGCAAACAUUGACUACGUCUUUGGCAUCACAAACGUCACACAAGUGGAGAUUUCUCCAUACCCUGUUGGGCCUAACGACGAGCCAACCAUUACGAUAUCCGGCUUUACAAGUGACGAUAGCUUCAUCAUAUAUAACGCAACUAUACAUGUGUUGUAUAAAUAUGAAAAUGUGACAAGCACUAUAAGAAAAUACAGCCUCAGUGAUGUUAUAGAUGAAGAUCCAGGCUCUAUUGAACCUGGCGAAAAUUUUGUGUUAACUCUUUCCAAAGUCCCUGGUUUGCAAUCACUCCCACAUAAAGAUAAGUCCAAGAUCGUCGUAUCCCUUGUUGAUGAAUAUGGUGAUGAUGAUGAAGCGCCACUGCUAAAAAUGUGCGUUGAGUUCGAUAACCCUGCUCCAGCUACAACUGCAACAUUGUUCUCUGCUUAAUUAUUGGAUGUUCUCUUUUCUUGUUGUCCAACAAAUAAAAGAAAUAGUGAAUAUUUAUAUGA